AUGACCGGUGAUAUCCCGUCUCCGCCGGGAUUUGAGCAAGAAGCACCAAGGUUGAAAAAGUCGGAUAGAACCGAGAAAAAUGAACACACUAAGAAGCCCACCCAGAAAGAGUUGGAUCUGCUCAAGGUGAAAAAAGCAUGGGAUAUAGCCACGAUGCCAGCCAAGAAUAUCCCCAUGAAUUUGGUCAUGAGCUACAUGACUGGUAACUCGUUGCAGGUCAUUCCAAUAAUGAUGACGCUUAUGUUGCUUUGGAAUCCCCUCAAAGCUAUACUUACUGAAACAAACUCAGUAUUUGCUGGGUUUACCACCAACACAAAUAGUCUGCAGAUGUACUUACCCAAGAUUGUUUUCGUUUCAUGCCAAUUGGCCAACAUGAUGAUUGGGUUGUGGAAACUAAAUAAGUUGGGCCUUAUUCCAAAUAAAGAGGCCGAUUGGUUGAGCUGGCAAGUUGCCGGAGAAUACAUUGAGAAACUCUCGUUUUAA